AUGCCGUUUGAGAGCUUUGCGGGGCCCAAUGCUUGGGACGCAAAAGCCGUGUGGCCGCAGAAGUGCUACGACAGCAGCUUGAAGGGCAAGUGCGAUGACGAGAAGUACGGCGAGAUCCAGGAGAUCCAGGAGCACUUCCAAUUCCCAGACUUCGCCUCCUUCCACAACUGUUACUUGUACACGGAUAUGGCCAUUGCCGACGUGGUGGAGGCGUACAGGGACACCUUCCACCAGAACUUCGGCAUCGAUCCGGUCCGAUAUGUCACCUUGGCAAGCGCUGCCUGGGACGCCAUGAUGAAACGCUGCGCCCCACGCAGGAACUCCCUGCAGCUCAUCAACAACCGCAAAAUCUACGACCUGGUCAAGAGCAGCAUGCGUGGAGGCCUCAGCAAUGCGUUCCAGCCUUACGCCAAGGCCAACAACAGCUUAGUUGUCGACUACGACGACCGCCUUCCAACGACCUGGGCGCCAAAGUUCGACGUGAACUCGCAGUACCCGACCGUCAUGAACAAUCCCUUGCCCUGCGACGGCGGCUACCUUUUGGAUCUCCCCUCCGAGCGAAAGGCCCGCAUGAAGCUGUUCUGCGACUGCUUGCACGAGUCGGACUUCAGGCAGAAGGACUUCGGUCACAGCUACUUGGUGGAGGUCGACUACUACCUGCCCCUGGACCAGCACGACCGCGUUGACUGGGGGCUGGACAAGGCGCCCAAGAACGAGAAGCUCAUGCCAUAUCUUGGCCAUCACCGUCGCGAAGUCAUACGGCUCCGCCUCCUGCGCUUCUACAUGGAGGUCCUCGGCGUCAGAGUCGAAGAAGUCUACAGCAUCGUGGUUUUCGGGUGCAAAGCGUUCAUGAGUCCCUUCAUCAGAGAGUGCUACGAGCGCAGGCUCGAGUUCAAGCGACAGGGUCGAAAACUCCAAGCCGAUGUGGUGAAACUCACCAUGAAUGUACAAUACGGGAAAAGCGUCCAAAACCAGGAGCGCUUUGUUCGGUCGUUUGUUUGCUUCGACGUCGAGGAGUUUGGUCGAAGAAGCGCUGGGCCCCGCAUGGUGGACCUCCAUGCCAGCCCCAUUGGCCACGGCGGCUUCUUCGCCAUUGUGGACGAGCUCACCCCCGGCGGUUCGCUCCUCAAGACCAUGCCGCAAGUGGGAACCUUCGUGCUGGACGAGGCGAGGCUUGGCAUCAUGCGAAACUACUACCACAUGAAGCUGGUCUUCGACGGGUGCCUGACCAAAGCCUGUGACGAGGCGAGGCCGCAGAGCGAGAGGUCGAAGGUGCAGAUCAUCUACACCGACACCGACAGCGUCAUUGUGUUGAUCCACAGCGAGACGCACCCUUCCUGCCAGCUGGACUACGAGAAGGGGAUGACGUACCUGCAGAGCAUCGGCGUCGACCCUGACUCGGCUCAGCUCGCUUUUCAGCUGCGCGGCUGCUUGGGCGGCUUUGGCGACGAGAACGCGCCCCUCACCAUGAUGGAGGUGGUCUGCUAG